AUGAUGUCCCAAAAUGCCGCGGAGCUAUGCGCGCUUCUGAUUGAAGACAACUUUGGGGAGCUCUUCGCGCGCAUCUUCUCUACUCUCCAGCGUUACGAGCGAUUGUCACUUCCUCGGCUGAAAUUUCAUUCCCACUUGACCGACCGCCAGCUGCAUCAUGGACUCUGUGCCAUGAUCCAGCACCACCUUGUCUACCACUUCACCUCCGUCGAAGACGGCAUCACCUACUACGAAGCAAACCCGCAAGCUGCGUACUACCUUGUACGGUCUGGAAAGAUUCUCCAGCUGAUAGAAAACCGACUGGGGCCCUACGCAGCUCAGGUCAUGGAGGCGAUCUUAUACCUUGGACAUUCCUCCGUCAGUCACCUCGAUAUCCUUCCCGAGCUUCAAUCCCAGAGACAGCAGGUCCCAAAUGGGUUCGCGCACGACGAAGAAUCCCGGACCAAUGGGGACGGCCCGGAUCAUCUCGAUGGGCCCAAUGGGGAUCAUGUGGAUGAGAAGCCAGCACGUCUUCAUCCUACCAUCAAGGCUCUUGCAUCACACGGAUACAUAAUUCGGGUUAGGGAAGCACACUUCCAGAGCCCCGAUGAUAACUGGCUGGAUGCACAUCGAAUUGUCGCGGCUCGGCCACAUAUCAAAACAAUGAAAGGCAAGGCCCAGCAGGCGGCCUUGCUGGAGAAAACGCUGGAGCUGGUCCAGGAGCGAACAAAUGGAGACCUCACUGAAAGAUUCAUGAUUGGUGGCCUGCCUCGUGGGGUAAAAAGGAAGUUUGGCCACGGUGCCUCGGAUACAGUAAAUCAUAACGGUGUGAAUGAAGAUCAUAUGGUCGACGAAGAGAACGAAUGGUCAGACGACGAAGACGGGUUUGACACUGUCCCAUUGGAGCCCGGGUUAGUGGUUCGAGUGAACUAUGAGAAGUUGGAUGUGGCCCUACGGAAUGCUAGAUUUAUCGAACUUGCCGAGCAGGAUUCAUCUUCUGUCACUGCCGAGAUUUAUGAUUGUCUUCUCCGCCGCAUCGAAGCCAAAACAAAACACUGCCGAGAUACUCCCGAGAUCCCACGCGAAGGCGAAGAAGGAGAAAUAUAUUCCGUUCCAAUCCAUCUCGAAGUGUUGACAGAAGAUGUCGACCCGCAAUUAGAUCUUGCAGGAUCUAUCGGCCCGUUGGAACCUUUCCAGCCUGUGAACCGACGUGGAAAACGGCCGCUGGAAAAUGGCGUCAAUGGCGAUGAUGAUGCCGCCGAUACCGACGAAUCGGCCGGGACCAGUCGCGCCUACAAGAUUAACCAGCACCUCAGUCUCUUGGCACAGCCUCCUUAUCGCUUCACAUCGAGCUCGGUCGUCCACGGCGAGAUUACUUGGAGGGUUGCGUUUCGUCACCUGGCACGCAAACUGCGACACCAAGAACUGGAACAGAUGAUCGAGGCGCGGUUCGGCGACGUGGCGCUGCGCAUAGUACGCGUGCUCCAAGCGAAGGGCAAGCUGGAUGAAAAGCGGUUGCAGGAGAUCAGCAUGCUCCCCUUCAAAGAUUUGAGACAGACUCUAGCUUCGAUGCAGGCGGGCGGAUUUGUGGACCUUCAGGAAGUGCCGCGAGAUGCGCAACGCCAGCCAUCCAAAACCAUUUAUCUGUGGUACUACGACCCGGACCGGAUUUGCAGCAGCAUACUGGAGGACACCUACAAAGCCAUGUCACGGUGUCUGCAGCGCAUCAACUUCGAACGUGAGCGCGAGCGGGACUUCCUCGAGAAGACCGAGCGCAGCGAUGUGAAAGGCAACGAGGAACGGUAUCUUUCUGAGGGGGAACUGGAGAAGCUGCAACGCUGGAAGGCUAGAGAGGCCUUGUUGCUAGGUGUGGUGGCGCGCUUGGAUGAUAUGGUGGCCGUGUUUCGCGACUACUAG